UUUACACAUAGGAACCAUAUUCGUUUGUACUCAGUUUAGCCCGGACCAACUUCAUGAUGCAACGGUGCUCGGUGUCUUCACGCCGAUGAGAAACAAACUAAUAAACGAAAAUAACUAACAAACAAGGAAACAAACGUUUGUUAAACCAUGGCGCUCCGUGCCUGUGGGUUCAUCGUAUUUCGGCGUCUUGCAAACUGUGUUCCUCCACAAGACAACAUUGAGUACCUCCUCUUGCAGACCUCCUAUGGGCAGCACCACUGGACCCCACCUAAAGGCCACGUGGACCCAGGUGAGGAUGACCUCACCACAGCUCUUCGGGAGACCAAGGAGGAGGCAGGGCUUGACGCACAGGACCUUCAGGUGGUUGACGGCUUCCUGAAGGAGCUGCAUUAUGAGGUGAGAGGUCAACCCAAGGAGGUUCUGUACUGGCUGGCUGAACUGAAAGACCCGGGGACCAAAGUCAUUUUAUCUAAUGAGCAUCAGAGCUACCGCUGGGCCCGGCUGGAAGACGCAUGCACUCUUGCCCAGUACAAAGAGAUGCAGGACACUCUGAGAGAAGCACACAGACACUUAAAAACUCAGCAGGACAAGAAGUGACACAUGGGAUUCUUUUAACAGUACUUUUAGUGCGACCUAUCAAGCUAGUACCCACUUUGAACUACCUAUCACACUGUCAAAUGUUGGUAAUUGGGAUUUUUACAACAUUUAUGUGUAAAAUGUAACCCUUUUCACCUCAGUAAAUUCAGUUAUUUCUUUUAAAAUCAAUCCAUUUAGACCGAUGCCAUCAACAAAAAGUACUACCAUCUCUGUUAUAUGGACCGUGAUCGAUCAUACAGUUCCAGAAGUAGAAUCAGACUUGUAUCUGUUUGUAUUUGUCAGUAAAAACAAACAAAGUAUCUGUUUGUAUUUGUCAGUAAAAACAAACAAAUAUGUAUUCUCAUUCUCUUGUUCAAGAACGCAAACAGUCAAUCCGGCCACAAGAGGGAGACAAAACACAUUUUCCCCACAGCUACAACGGCACCACAGGUUGCACUAAUGCAUCCCUAUUGUGUUAAACAGCACAUAAUAAUAUAAAAAAAUCAAUAUGACAAUCAUUGCUAAAUUAAUACUGUUUAAUGUUCAAUCAGGGUAUUGAAUUGAAGGCAGCUGUCCUAUCUAGUCCUUGAACAUGAAUAACUGCUUGUGUAAGAGUCCUGUGAGUUGUGAUCAAUUCAUUGCCCAGAGGAUACUAUUUAGAAGUUUAUAAUAGCAAUUUGAAAUAACACUGACAUAUUAUUUAUGACUAAAUACCAUGCACUGCAUUUUCCCAACUGUACAAAGAAUGGGAAGACGGUAAAUGAGUAAUAUUAAAUAACUAAUUCUUGAAGAAAUAAUUAAUAUAACAAAUAAUAUACUAAUUAUAACAUGGAUUUUGAUUACGGUUUGCCCUGUACUGUAUCAUUCCAUGCCCAAGCAACGCAGCAAUGCAUGACUCAUUGUCCAUGUUCUCUUUAUUGACUGACUGCUAAAAACCCGCCAUGGAGCCAAAUAAAGUUGCCAUCAAUUUGAUCAAAGAAAGUGAGAAAUUUAAUCAAGAAUGAACUCACUGUGAAGUAUGAAGAUCGCAUACACAUGACCGAUCUCAGCAGGAUGUACAGGAAGUCCGCGUCAACAGUAGGUUACAUCCAAGUGUGGAUAUAGAUCUUUUGCAGCCAUGACUUUAACCCUUAGAUGCACGAGUGACUGGACCCUACACUCUUCCAUAAGUGGGUCAAAAAUGACCCAUAUUAUAAUCAAUGUGUUUUUAAGCCGUUUUUGCCAUUUUGGUUAGGAAUAAUGCUAUAGCAUACUUGACCAUGCCAAUGCUAUAGUAUUCCAGAUUGACAGUAUCUCUAACAGGUGUAAUACCUAUACUGCAUAUUAUAUUUUACAAAAACUGUGCUCGUGUUAGCUAUUUAUAAAAUAUGCCCAACAAUACAUAUAGUAAUGUUAGCCGGCUAGUGUCAGCUAGUUAUAAAGAAGGCUAAUUUGUUGAUAAUACUAACAGUCAUGAUGAAGGACACACACACAAUAUCAUAUGAAGAUAAUACUUGAUGUGUAAAAUAAUCUUCCCGAGGGGGUGACACUUCUGAUAUAGUCUGUGUGGUCUACAGUUAAUUUAUUCCUGACAGCCAAAGUUGAUAAGAAUCAAAGGUUCCUAUUUGAUUCCAUUGAAAAUGCAUGCAGGUCAUUUUUGACCCACUUAUGGAAGGUUGGGGUAGUAACACAAAAACAAAAAUUUCUUCAAAUGUAUAAAAGGUAAGUUAAAAAUUUGAAUGGCAUGAUAUCAAAAACAUGUAUUUCGAGGAAUACCUGGAAUAUGAAAUGAUAACAAUUUUUAAUUACAAAAGAUAUUUCAAGAAAACAACCUGACCGGGUCAUUUUAGUUUAUUGUCUCGUAUAAGAAACCGCAACUAUGCUGUAUAAUUUAUAUCAAUUUUUCGAGUGAGGCGGCCGAACCUGGGGGAAGGAUUUCAGGAUGUGGUCCGCCAUCUGCAUCAGAAGCACGCAGCUUUGCUAUUGGUAAUACAGCUUCCGAUUAACAAGGAAACAAUGCAUGUUUGAGUCCUUGUUGUAUGUCUGUAACUGUUAUGGGUCACCAAAUUGGCUAAGGUGUUAA